AUGAGAGAGUGCAUUUCCAUUCACAUUGGCCAGGCCGGUAUCCAGGUCGGAAAUGCUUGCUGGGAACUUUAUUGCCUCGAGCAUGGCGUUCACCCUGAUGGCCAGAUGCCAAGUGACAAGACUGUAGGAGGUGGUGAUGAUGCCUUCAACACUUUCUUCAGUGAAACUGGUUCUGGAAAGCACGUUCCGCGUGCUGUCUUUGUGGAUCUCGAACCCACUGUCAUUGACGAGGUGAGGACUGGAACCUACCGUCAGCUAUUCCACCCUGAACUGCUCAUCAGCGGGAAGGAAGAUGCUGCCAACAAUUUUGCCCGUGGUCACUACACAAUCGGAAAAGAGAUUGUCGACUUGUGCUUGGACCGUAUCAGAAAGCUUGCUGACAAUUGCACUGGCCUUCAAGGGUUCCUUGUCUUCAAUGCUGUUGGUGGAGGCACUGGUUCGGGAUUGGGCUCCCUGCUCCUGGAGCGCCUGUCUGUCUCCACUUCUGUUGUGGAGCCUUACAAUAGUGUCCUCUCCACCCAUUCCCUGCUUGAACACACUGAUGUUGCUAUACUUCUUGACAAUGAAGCCAUUUAUGACAUUUGCCCCUACACCAACCUUAACCGCCUCAUCUCUCAGGUGAUCUCAUCCUUGACUGCAUCACUGAGGUUUGAUGGUGCCCUUAAUGUGGAUGUCACCGAAUUCCAGACCAACUUGGUUCCUUACCCCAGAAUCCACUUUAUGCUUUCCUCCUAUGCUCCCGUCAUCUCAGCCGAAAAAGCUUACCACGAGCAGCUCUCCGUUGCUGAAAUCACCAACAGCGCCUUUGAGCCAUCAUCAAUGAUGGCCAAGUGUGAUCCUCGCCAUGUUCCCAAGGACGUAAAUGCAGUUGUUGCCACCAUCAAGACUAAGCGGACUAUCCAGUUUGUCGACUGGUGCCCUACUAGUUUCAAGUGUGGUAAAAACUACCAGCCACCCACUGUUGUCCUCAGUGGCGAUGUUGCUAGGGUACAAAGAGUCGUCUGCAUGAUUUCCAACUCAACUAGUAUGGCCGAGGUGUUCUCAUGCAUUGACCUUAAGUUUGAUCUCAUGUAUGCAAAGAGGGCCUUUGUUCACUGGUACGUGGGCCAGGGAAUGUUGGAAGGCAAAUUCUCUGAAGCUCGAGAAGACCUUGCUGCUCUAGAAAAGGAUUACCAAGAGGUUGGCGCUGAGGGAACUGGAGAUGAUGGUGACGCAGGUUACGAAUAA